AUGAGCCCCCUUAGCACUCUCAUCAAACUAUUCGCUUUGGCCUCCUGCGCCACCACAGCUCUCGCCGCGGGGGAGGAUACCGCUGCUUCCGCUACGAAUCUUCGCGGCGGUGGCGGCCAUGCCGAUCUGACUCAUCGUCGUGCCGUCGCCGCGGCGUGCUUCUAUGGGACCGACCAGGACGUGACCAAUAGCUGCACCUCGGGAGGGCACAACUGUUGCCAAGGUCAGAACGCGUGCAGUUGGUCCGGAGAGCGAGAGGUCUGCGCCGGGAGCUGCAAUGGCCAGGCCGCAUGCCUGCGACCGAACGUGGAGCGAAUCGCACCGGACUCCUGCAACGGCCUCGGGGCCUGCCAGGAGGUGGCAACCGCCACCACCAUCGGCGAGAACAGUUGCAACGGGCAGGCAGCCUGCCUGGGCUUUGACGGACAGGCCAUUGCCGACGAUUCGUGCAACAAUUAUCAGGCGUGUCACAACGUCAACGCCCCGGGCAUUGCGGAAGUCAGCGGCUGCAACGAGUUUGCCGAAUGCGACGAACACGAGUUUCGAGAUUCCUUCACCGGGACGGGGGCGGAGGUGACGGCCGCCUGCGACGGCCGCUGCUGCGUGGGCACCGACGCCUGUGUGUGGACCUGGACCAAGACCGUCGGUCUGGGAUCCUGCAUGGGUACCCGGGCGUGCGAGAACAACGGCGCCACCACCAUCGGCCGGGACUCCUGCAACGGGCUGGGCGCCUGUCGCGGGAACCGACUGGCCACGAUCGGAAGCAACGCCUGCAACGACUACGCGGCCUGCUUCGAACUGAAGGCCCAGAACGUCGCCGACUACAGCUGCAACGGGUGGCAGAGCUGUCGGCGGGCCGACGCCACCAACCUCGAGUGGCUCGAGGGAUGCAACGACACCGCCGAAUGCGAAGAGCGAGAGUUCUAA